AUGGUUUCGAUGGAUCGACAUGAAUGUCAUAACCUCUGCAUAAUCCUACAAAGAUAUUCCUCAUUCCUUUCAGCAGUCGUCAGUGCUAUCGAUUUCAGUACUGAAAACAAGUUGACUCUUCCGAUCAUCUUGAUUCAACAAGGAAUUUAUGCAGGUACAGAUAAUAAGAAUAUCAGAAUCAAUGAUAUGACAAUUCAAUUUGUUACACCAAUUAUAAUUGAUUGUGAAGGUAUUGGUCAAGGUUUAAUUAUUGAAAACAGUAAUGUAAUGAUUAGCGGAAUUACAUUUGCCAAUUGUAGCAAGUCCCAAGGCAGUACUAUCCAUGCUUUAAACUCGGUAGUUACAUUGGAAAACUGUACCAUUACCAAAUCAAGAACGGACAACUCCAACGUCCUCUUCUCGUCUUCAAAGUUAUUCGUGUCAAAAACCAACUUUACAAACAACUAUGCCACCAACUCUGGAGGUGCCAUCGUUGCUGUUAAUUCUAUUGUAGAAAUUGGAAAGGGUGUUGUCUUUUCCAAAAACAACAGAACCUCCUCAAAUGGAAGACUAGUUAGUGAUGACAUUGUUGCCUCUAACAAAUCAACAGUCUAUUUUGUCGAUGCUGGCGGUGUAGAAACAAAAAAUGUUUUUUGUGAUGAAUCAUCUACGGUUGAUGAUAGCAAAGGUCUCUCGCUCUGCCCCAUGAAAAAUGAUCUAUCGUCUGCCUCCCCUUCCUCUCCACCACCAUACUGCGGCGAUAGCUUCUGUGACACUGUAAACGAAAACUACUUCAACUGUCCCCAGGAUUGCCCUUCCAUACAGUUUUCUGGCUUCAUCAAAGAAGAAUGGACCGAUUCAAACCCCUUGAAGGUAUCGUCGCCAAUGCUAUAUCCAAAGACAACUAUAUUGGAUGGAGUCGAAGGCCCAGUCCACGCUACUCUCACCUCUUACUUCCGGUUCUCUCAAAACUCAAAGUUGUAUCUACGUGUAUCAACAUUUAAUCUUGGCUUAAAGAUCCUUUUUGACCGAAGAGAGGUAUCCCAUUUUCAAUUGCAAGAACCAGACAGCAAAACCCAACUUUUUGAAGCUAAUGUCUACCUCGUCCAAGGAAUCCACCAAUUUCAAGCCUUACUCACCUCGUUUACCAAAAAAACGCAAGGAUCAAGAAACAUAACCCUCGAGUAUCGUACCUCGCUCUCCCAACCAUACGUACCAUUCAACAUUACCUUCUUUUCACUCAAUUCAUGUGGUGAUGGUAUUGUCUCCCCUGUCAAUGAAGACUGCUCCUAUGACUCUUUCAACGGCUAUGGCAGAAUGGAUUCUGUUACAAAUCUCAAUACCACAUGUGGAAACAAGAUAUGUGACGAGGUUUCUCCCAUCCUUUGUUUAUCCGAUUGCCACGAGUACAUCACUGAAAAGUGUCCACCCUUGACCGUUAGAAAAGGUUCUUUGGUUCCAACUGCCCCCACCUCGACAGAUACUCUUGGAAAGCUUAUUGCUAACCAGCAAGUGUGGCGUCUCCCCGGUUACCAACACUUCUCGUUUGGAUAUGACAUUGUAUUUGGUGAACAAUCAAAAUUCCCAGUAUUCUAUUUUGGUUUCUGUAACGAAAAGGAAUCAAACAUUAUUGAAGAUGUUUAUCGUGAUGCUUUCUAUGAAAUCCCCAAAGAAUUGACCGUUGUACCUCUACCUCUUUGUAGUUUCUCCAUAACCACUGAAGAGUUUAAUAGUACUGAUUCCAUGCAAAAAUCCAAGCGUUCCAAAUCGUCCAUGUCCAUUAGCGCCAAUGCCAAUGCCAAGAUUGGUUCCGUCGGUGUACAGGUCGACGCCUCCUACAAACACGACAAGGCAGUAUCCGAGUCUAGAUCGUUGUCCAAUACCAAACAAGGUUCCACCUACGAAUCAACCGUCCAAUGUUCCUCGUUUUCAGUUGAGAUUAUCGACCCUUCCACAAAUCAGUUCCAUCCCGGCUUCUUGAGCGACCUCUCAACGGGAAACUCCACCGACGACUUUAUCCUCCUCAUUCAAAAGUAUGGCUCCCACUUUUAUCUCUCUGGCAUUUUGGGCGGAACCCUCAAACAAAUCACCAUCCACCAAAAAUCUCAAUCCGAGUCAGAGAGUCAAAAAGAUGUAGAUGAUAUGGUCAGCUAUUCAGUUGGAGUCUCGGUCAGUUCUCCUUCGCUUUCCGCCAGUGCCAGUUUCAGUAGCACAGAGACCAACGAUUCUAAAGAAGGCAGAAAACAAAAAUUUAUGAGCGAAAGCAAAAGAUCCACCAUCAUAACCAAUGGUGGAGCAGCAGGCUCAUUUGCUCCAUCAGCCGACGGUGCCCCCACUACCUUUGGGGACUGGGCAAACAGCGUUGAUAUUCUUCCGGCCAUUGUCAACCCUCAACUCCAACCAAUCAGAUCCAUCAUUCCGGAAGUGUGGGUUACCCCAUCUGGUGAAAAGGUUGUUGAUCUAUGGACCAAAGCCGAAGAAGAAUACUACAAACGAAUGUUAAGUGGCCCAAUCUUUGAUUCAACCUUGUCUACACUCCAAAAGAAAGAACACUUGACUUGGUUCCCGAGAUUGCACUUGGAUGAACGUAGUUAUGAAACUUCUCACAUUGUAUCACAAGAUCGAGCCAAGGGAAUAGAGAUCUCUAGUCUCGACUUGGAAUUCUUUGUCGAGAAAAGACAAAUGGCUGACGACUAUGAAACCGAUUUUGUCAAGAUAGAGCCAAACUUCCCCACCUCUAUCGACCCAGAAGUUCACGAUGUGAGAUUACUCAUGCAGCUCCCAAGUAUUAAUAAUUGGACUAUCGAUCAGUUGAACACGACAUAUUAUCACACCCACAACGAAGAUUCAAUCGACGUAUCAAGAUCCCUUGGAAAUGUCAUUUUCCAAAAAACGUCAAAGACAUUCGAACUUCCAAGCGAAAUUGGGUAUUGGAAUAGACCAACGCCAGGCGCCGUCCCCAAAAACUAUCCAAUCUACCAUCUUCACCAUAUCUCCAAAGGAAAGUUGGUUCGAGAAAUGGCGCCCUCGUUUUUCCUUUUGGUUCCCCCAGACUGUGAUGGUACCCAAAGUACCGUGGAUGUCGUAAAAGUUGGCAUUAGAUACUAUAUUGCAGGAACUGAACAAAAGAGAUUCUAUGAUCGUCAAUCUACUCAUCGAGGAAAAUGGAGACUAUUGGAGAUUUUGGACAAAACAACAGUUUCACAGCUUUUGUUGUCUACAGACACCUACGUUCAUUACACAACUGAUAGUGAUUGGCCCGACUCUGGCACUCCAGACUACACAAUCAGAAGCUUUAUGUGCCAAACAUAUUUAAUCCUUCCAAACAAACAAGGAGAGUAUAUUACCAUUCGUAACCUUUACAACAACAACAAUGGUGGUAAAAAGACCAACGGUGAAGAUUUCAAACCUUUUAUUGAAAGUCCUACUCACUCAAGAUACGUCUGGUGGGAAGAUGGAGAUUUAGAAGUGUCCAGUGAUAGCGAGCAUCUCGAUGAAAACGCUGCCAUAAAUUUAGCCUCAGAGUUCCCUGCUGAAAACUUUAUUCCAGAACAAUUAUUAACUCAAAUAUCAAACAAAUAA